GUUUUAAAACAGUGAAAAUUUUCAAAUAAAAUCAGUAAAAAUGAUUUUGAAAUUAGAUUAUAAUAUCCUUAAGUUUGUGUUGUUUGUAUGUUUAUGUCAAAGAGUUCACGGAUUAUAUCCAUCCAGUUCAGAGGUUGUUGAUUUAACAGCCGCAAAUUUUGAUCGAUUAGUUUUACAAUCAGAUGCUGUUUGGGUUGUCGAAUUUUAUGCACCAUGGUGUGGACAUUGUCAACAACUUGUGCCAGAAUAUUCGAAAGCAGCGACAGCACUCAAGGGUGUUAUAAAAGUCGGUGCAAUCAAUGUCGACGAACACAAAUCAAUUGGCAGUAAAUAUGGCGUUCAAGGUUUCCCAACAAUCAAAAUCUUCGGUGCUGAUAAGAGUAAACCAGACGAAUAUCAGCAAGAUCGUACAGCCAAGAGUAUAAUCGAUGCUGCAUUCUCCGUGGCUCGUAGAAAGGUGAAUAUUCAAUUAUCUGGCGGUAGCAGUAAAAAAAAAUCAUCGGAUAAAAACAGAGGUGAUGAUAGUUACGAUAAAGGAUCAGAUAACAAAGAUGUAAUCGAAUUAACUGAUAAGAACUUCGAUGAACUGGUAAUGAAGUCAGAUGAUAUCUGGUUGGUUGAAUUUUAUGCCCCAUGGUGUGGACAUUGUAAGAAUUUAGCACCAAUUUGGGCUGAAGCUGCCACCGAACUCAAGGGUAAAAUCAAAGUUGGUGCUUUGGACGCAACGGUACAUCAACAAACCGCUGGCAGAUAUCAAGUUAGUGGUUAUCCCACAAUUAAAUUUUUCGACAAGAAUGAUAAAAGUUUGGUUGAAGAUUACACUGGCGGUCGACGAUCUGCAUCUGAAAUCGUUAACUGGGCAAUGGAUAAAUAUGUCAAUACAUUACCUCCACCGGAAAUUCAUGAGUUAAUCGAUGAGAAGGUCUUAAACGAAGUCUGUGAUAAAGAUAAAAUUCAAUUGUGUAUCAUUUCAAUUUUACCCGACAUUUUGGAUUGCCAAUCCGAGUGUCGUAACAAUUAUAUAAGCACACUUAAAGAAAUCGCGGGUAAAUUUAAAACAAAAUUAUGGGGCUGGUUAUGGAAUGGUGCAUUGAAACAACCUCAUAUUGAGGAAGCGUUCGAAAUGGGUGGUUUUGGGUAUCCCGCAAUGGUCGUUGUUAACUUUAAAAAGAUGAAAUAUUCAUUGUUUAAGGGUUCAUUUUCAAAAGAUGGUAUUUAUGAAUUUUUACGAGAUUUAGCGUUCGGUCGUGGUGCAAAUAUUUCACCGAUUAAACAUUCAACGAUACCGAAAAUUGAUACUAUUGAACCGUGGGACGGUUUAGAUGGACAAUUACCCGAAGAUGAUGAUAUCGAUUUAUCCGAUGUUGUUUUAGAUGAAAAAGAUGAACUGUAAAUUAUUUAAUUUAAAUUGAUUAAUUAUUUCGAUGGAUUGAAAGAAAUAUAAACCGAGACUUUUUUAUACUAUUUUUCCACUUAAUCUUCCUAGAAAUGCAUUUAACUCGCAAUGAAUCACGUAAAAAGAAUUGUAUUAAACAACCAGAUGCACAAAUUUUUCUAAUUUCAUCGUAGUUUGUAAUUCGGAGUAAAUUGGGCUUGUAACGAAAAUAUUCGAGUGGCGUAAAAUUCUAAGUAGUUUGUAACUUUUAUAAUAUUAGUAACUUUUUUCGGCGCCCCUCAAAUGCUACCGCUCUAGGCUUACGUCUCCCUCAUUCGCCUCUUUUUAACAGAUAAGUAGAUGUUCGUUAAUUCCGCACACAAAAUGGAUGAAUUUUUACUCUAAGUGUUUAAUUAAUGUGGAAAAUUUUUAAGUUGCCUUCAAUCAAAAAACGUGGAACUUUUGAGAUCGACUAUUCCACAGAACUCUUAAACAUGUGAAGAGUUUUUCUUUAUUUCUAUAAAAAAGAUUGAGUCUUUACUCUUAAGCUACACCAACAUUCAAAACUUCGAACAAGGAGACACAGCCUAACUUUUUUGGUCCUUUUUUAUAAUCAAAUUUGCAGAUUUUUCCCAAGAAAAUCAAUUUUUUGGGACAUUAGAUUAGAGUUUACAAGACUUUUUCAAAAAAUUCAUGAUGAAUUGAAUUAUGUAAUAUUAUCUUCUAGGGUGGCAAUCGUUUUGGGAAAGAAAUGUCAGGGAACUCUAAGUAAAAUUCGAUCACCCUCUCCAAAUGUCUUGCAUGUCUCUCUUCUAGAGUGGCAAUCAUCUUGAAAAACAUAGAAAUGUCAGAGAAUUCUAAGUAAAAUUGGAUCAUCCUCUCCAAAUAUUUUUCUAUGGGCCACAAUUAAGGUUCUCCUUUUCAAUCUUCCACGAAUUAUUUGUGCAAGAAAAAAUUGCAAAUUUAAAUUGCAAAAACAUCGGUUGCUCCAAACACUUCUAAUAUUACGUUUUCAUUCGAUAGUACAUCGAAAUUGGUUUAUAUAUGUUAAAAUCGAUCGUCGUAAUUAAUCAAAUUGUUUACUAAUAAAUUAGUUUUUUUGUCAAUUGUUUUAUAUUUUAAUUACAAAUUAAUUUAAGUUGGCUGUAAAAACAAAACAAAAAAUUUAUCUAUCUCAUUACACAUAGACUUAUAUUUUACUUAAUUAAUUUUAUAUGAAUGGAAUAAAUGAAUGUGUGAACUAAUUAAAUAUGUUAAUUUAAAAAUUAAAUUAAUUGUAAUAAGAACUUCUUCCUACUAUAAUAUUGAUGUCAAUGUAAAUUUAUAAUAAGUGUAAAAAAAACGAUACAAUUUGUAAAACGGUUGAAUUCAACCGUGCAAAAAUAACCCCUCCCCUCCACACAAUGUACCAAUGUAACUUUUUUUUAUAAUAUAAACAAAAAUUCGUAAUAAAAUCGAAAUAACCAUA